AUUUCCCACCCAACGUCUUGUAACAGGAUGUAAGGAGUCCCCAAGAAGCUGACGGACAGUAAACUGUUGACCUACAUUUAUCUGUUUCCCAACAGGUCUCCUGUUACAAAAGUGACCGCUAAGUGGAAGUGUGUGUGUCUGUCUAGCUGUCUGUGAUUUCCCUGUGGUCAGAAUGAAAGGAGUCGGACAACCUGUCAGAGGAACAGAGCAUCGCCGAGUGAACGUUUUUACCAUCGACCCAGACAACAUGACGUCAGCGAACGGCGAGAACAAAGCUCCUGGUCCACGUGUUGGUGGUUGUGUUCGCCAUCGCGUCCUGGAUCGACCUCAACGGAAUGUGGGUGGAGCUUCCCUUGUUGGUCCUGACGGCGCCUGAGCAGUGGAAGUUGCCGUCUUACAUCACAGUGGUCAGCCAGGUGGCCAACAUCGGCCCCAUCCUGUUCGUCUUGGUCAGCUACCUGGCCCCGGGAACCAAACCGCGGCUGGAGAAGGUCACCUCCUUCCUCGUCAUCGUCAUCAGCAUGGUCGCCGCUCUGCUCCUGGCGUUUCUCUGGCAACACCGGACGUACAUUGGCGGUGUGGAGCACAGCACCGCCAUGUUGGCUCUCAAUUUUUUCCUGGCCGUCGGAGACUGCACCAGCUCUGUGUCCUUCUACGCAUUUAUGGCCCACAUGAAACCACAGUACAUGCCCAGCUUGUUGUUAGGCGAGGGCCUGAGUGGCAUGCUGCCUGCCAUGAUUGCGCUGGGCCAAGGGGCGGGCCAGAUCUACUGCGUGAACGUCACGUCAGACGUCAAUGUGACGGCGGCCAACGCCACGUUCUCGACCACGCCCGCCGCUCCCUCGUACCACAUGGAGCCACGAUUCACCUCGGCACGGUUCCCCGUCCGCACUUAUUUCAUCAUCCUCACUGCCAUCAUCGCGUGCUCGGGGAUCGCUUUCCUCCUUCUCAACUUCUGGAAGUACUGCCAGUCCGAGUUUGUGAGUACGAGCUCGAAGGACUACGAGUACAUCGUUCCGGGGAGUGACGGGCAAAAAGUGUUGAGCUACGGUUCUAUCGAGAGUGGGGGAGGAGCGGAUAAUCCCGCGUACGUCACGACGGAGGAGGAAAAUGUGAACACAGUCCGAAAAAGCUCGAAACAAGCAGCGGAGGAUGCGAACAGAAACGGAAACGGCAUCAUUUUCAGGCUUCGGCGUUCCCUCGUAGUAGACAACAUGAGCCCGUUCCAGUUUUUCAUUCACCAGAUAACGCUGGUGCUGAUCAAUAUGACCUUCACGACCUUCCUCAGCACCAUUCAGGUCUACUCGACCUUGCCGUACGGGCUUCGCGUCUACCAUCUGGCCACGACGCUGGUGCAGAUCGCGAAUCCCGUGGCCUGUUUCUUUGCGGUGUUUCUGUUGGUGCGCAGUCAGGUGUUCAUUGUCUUCUGCACGCUGCUCGGGCAAGUGUGUGUGGCCUACAUCAUAUACCUGGCAUCCAUGAGUCCCGAGCCUCCAAUGAUCGCCGAGACAGCCGGGGGGAACAUUACGCUCACCGUGUGGGUCCUAGCCACCCUAUUCCUCAUCUACGCCAAAGUCUGCGUGGCCGGUGUGCUGAGAGAGAGUGGGCGGACGGCCCUCAUCUGGGCAGGCAUCUCCACACAGGUGGGCUCGCUCAUCGGAGCUAUCGUCGGCUUCCUUCUCGUCAACGAGUACCAGGUGUUUCAACAGGCCAACUACUGCUGACCUAUUGACCUUGGACGUGUCGUCAUGUAAGGUCACCACCGAAUCGAUGACAAUGACCGUGACCUUCAGAGAGUUAUUUGGAUGACGGAGAAAGGAGGCUGAAGAGGAAUAUGGUGCAAAAUCGCUUUUGUGGGCGGUUGGCGGGUGCUCUGCUGUGGUUUGCCUCUAAUCUUCUGGUGCUCAUAUGACCUUAUGCAGUUGCGAGCACCGUAAAUCCCUCUACUAAAACUAAAAAAUCGCUUUUUUACUUUUCAAAAUCUCUCUUCACCUUUACUACAGAAAUGCUUGUAUAAAUGAGAUCUCAUUUUAUAAAUGAGAACGCUUUUGAUGUCUUUCUCAUAAAGUCAAGAUCUCUUGAAAGUUACUUUGGUGUGAACGGGGAAUAUAUCUCAAGAGCACAGAGGAAAAACGAUGGUAGUCACAAACUGGAAAUUGUGAGGGUACCAAUUUUAAAAGCUUGUGGAUUCAGAACCUUAUAUUCGUCUGACUUAUGGUUUAUUGUUAAGUGUUGUUAAAUGAAAAAUCUAACAACAAUUAUCAACCAAUAGUUGAACGGAAAUACAGUUAUGAGUCGACAAGCAUUCAAAAUUGGUAUCCUCACGAUUUUCAGUUUGUGACUACCGUUGUUUUUCCCCUGUAGUCUUCAUAUAUAUACCUUCGUCCGUGUCCGUAAUAUUCUGGUUUGGAAAGUCUGAAUGGAUUCCUGUCAGUGAAUGAAAUAUUGUUUGUUACUGUACUGUACAACUUUAUUAGUAUUUUCUCUAUAGAGGGACCGGGCAUCUACCACUUUGUGUUAAAAACUUGAAGUCUCUAUACUAGCUGUAGAGUCUAAUCAUGAUGAAAAAACUGGCAUGAUAAAAUGUUUUAGCUUACUACUUGACUUCAUGGGAUGUGUCUUUCUCUAUAUACAUCUCACCUUGCUUUCAUAUGAUGUGUCUUUCUCUAUAUACAUCUCACCUUGCUUUCAUGUGAUGUGUCUUUCUCUAUAUACAUCUCACCUUGCUUUCAUGUGAUGUGUCUUUCUCUAUAUACAUCUCACCUUGAUUGCAUGUGAUGUGUCUUUUUCUUUAUAUCCACUGCUCAGUAUAAGACUUGGUAACACGUCACUUUUCAAAAUGUGAGGCAGCGUGGUGGAAUCAGGUUCUCGUCAAUUUUGAGACAUGUAGAGUA